CGGUGUCGGGGCGAUGGUGGAAGAAGGCGGCGGUGGCGGCGUCGGCGCCAUGAGUUUCCUCAAGCGGUUCCCGCCGCCGGCCGAAGGCGUUCGCCACCAGCAGCCCGACACCGAAGCGGUGCUGGCGGGGCGUACCUUGGGUUCGGGCACGCUUUACAUCGCUGAGAGUCGUCUGUCUUGGCUGGAAAACUCUGGAGUUGGCUUCUCCUUGGAUUAUCCCACCAUCAGUCUGCAUGCAGUCUCCAGGGACCUGACUGCCUACCCCUGUGAGCACCUCUAUGUCAUGGUCAAUGCCAAAUUUGAAGGAGAGGAGACAAAAGAGGCUCCUGUGGCUGAAGGGGAGGAAGAGGAGGAGGACAGUGAUGAUGAUGCUGAACCAAUUGCAGAAUUCAGAUUUGUACCCAGUGACAAAUCAGCCUUGGAAGCCAUGUUUUCAGCCAUGUGUGAAUGCCAAGCUCUGCACCCUGACCCAGAUGAUGAGGAUUCAGACAACGAUUACGAGGGGGACGAGUACGAUGUUGAGGCCCAUGAGCUGGGACAAGGUGACAUCCCCACUUUUUACACUUAUGAAGAAGGAUUGUCACAUUUAACUGCAGAGGGCCAGGCCACCCUGGAGAGGUUAGAAGGCAUGUUAGCCCAGUCUGUCAGCAGCCAGUACAACAUGGCUGGAGUGAGAACAGAGGACUCUAUAAGAGAGUAUGAAGAUGGGAUGGAAGUGGACAUAGCACCAGUAGUUGCAGGGCAGUUUGAAGAUGCAGAAGUUGAUCACUGAGGAGGACAUCUGCUGCUAUUCCACUUGUGGCACUUCCAGAAUAAGCUGUAAAACUGAAGGCAUUGCAGUGACUAUCGGGACUUAACAUUUCUUUUCAUGACCUAAGCUUAGCCAUCUAGGUCUAUAAAUGCUUUUAUAGAUGUUUAAAACAGGAUUUGACAUUUGUGACCACGAUGAGGUUAUCUAAAAAAGCAAAACAAAAAAACCAAUAAAACCUCUUGCAUCUAACACUUGAAUGGGGGUAAUCAGGGGUCAUUUCAAAGAAGCCUUUGUAGGAAUUCUGGGACUAUCAGAAAUAAACCUGUAAGUAGAACAGAAUUUUAGAUUGUCCUAGAAUUUUCCAUAUUUUUGUACCUGUUCAUUGUGUUGGAGGAGUAAAAUGGAAAUAGAAAUGUUACAGAGUUUGACUAAAAGGAAAUCAGGUUGGCCAAGAAUUAAAAUCAAAGCUAAAUUUCAUGCCUCUCAAGUAUAAGUGGCUUUAUUAGUUCAGUGCUGUCCCUUUCAUAUCUCUGAGAGGAGAGCUUGGGUGGUACAGGAGAUGGAAUAAGGUCUGUACAGUCCUUAAAGGAGAACUGGCUUUUGUCUUUGUAUUAAAUGUUAACAACAUUGUUAAAUAAACUAAGAUUUUUUUUUUUGUAUCUCACAACCAA